AUGCCUGUGGUGACAGCAGAGGCUGCUGCCUGUGGCCCAAAUGGGGCUGGGAACCUCAACAUCCUCCUCCAGUUGAGCACUCAAGGCCAAGUGGUGGAGCCUCCACGCUCUCAGACCUUGGUCUUUCAUCAAGCCCCUCUCAACUGGAGUGUCCAGGGGGCCCUCUGCGCACAAGCUCAGAACCCUGCUCCCUCACUGCUGCAGACCUCCUCCCUGCAGCCAGGAGUGCCUGCACCAACCAUAAGGAGGGCCCAGGGCACCCAGCGGGGCUGGACACAGGCCCUGGCCCCUCCAGCUCCACCAACGCCUGUCCAGACGGCUCCCACGCUCUGCCCCGCAGACAACGGGCCUCCACAACAGGGAGCAAACGCAGAGGGCUCCUUGCCUACUUCCAAGGACAAAGCUCCAUCGGGGGAUUCCAGCGUCUACAAGAACUUCCGGCGCUGGCAGCAUUUCAAGACCCUGGCCCGCAGGCACCUCCCACACAGCCCUGAUGCUGAAGCUCUAGCCUGCUUCCUCAUCCCGGUGCUGCGCACACUGGCCCAGAGGAAGCCCAGCAUGCCACUGGAUGAUGGCAUGCGGAUUGCCAUGCGGGAAUGGCAGCACAAGAGCAACUUUGACCGCAUGAUCUACCAUGAAAUGGCAGAAAAGUUCACGGAGUUUGAGGCAGAGGAGGAGAUACAAAUUCAAAACCUGGCGUGGAAGAAAGAGAACCUGUGCCAGCCCCCACCAACACCACAGCAGCCGGCUCCUCCUGGGCCCCCAAGCCCUGUGGCCCUCCAGCAACCAGAGCAUGCCCACAGGAAGAGCAGCUCCAAGGUUCUGCCCACCAAACCCUUGCCACAAAGACACCAGGCCUCUCGGAACAGGACACCCAAGGAGAUCCCUCCAGAGGCCGUGAGCGAGUACAUGGACAUCAUGGAUGCACUGCUGGAGCUGCAGCCCUCAGCCUCGGGCCAGCCCAGUGAACAGCCAGAAGAGGACGCCAUGCUGGAGCCCCAGCAGGAGGGACUGGGCCCCGACCCAGACCUCCUGACUUACCUUGACGAGCUGUGCUCCCAAGAUGACUUUGUCACCAAGGUGGAGGCCAUCAUCCACCCCCGAUUCCUGGCAGAGCUCCUUUCACCAAAUCCACAGCUGGAUCUCGUGGCCCUAGCCCAAGAGCUGGACAAGGACAAGGACAAGGACAAGGAGGAAGGGCUCCACCCUGACCAGGUGGUGGACAAGAACCUCUGGCCCUUGAAGAGGGAUGGCACCAUGCGGGAAAACCCCAGGCCUGGGACACCCCUACUGGAAGCCAGUGCUUCGGAUUCCAUAGCCCUGCAGGGCACACACAGAGAUGACUGUGCUCCCAACCCUGGGCUCAGUGCAGAGACCUCUGCCCAAAGCAUGUCUUCCUGGAAGCCUAAGAGAUGCGUGGUCCCAGACACCCACCUGUCCACAAGCAAAGACAAUGCUGUCUUCUCUGGGGACAAGACAUGUCCUUUCCUGGGACACAUUAGGCCCACUUCUCCCAGAGCCCCUUCCACACGAGUGCCCAAGGCAGCCAGGGCUUUACGAGGACAAUGUUCUGUGGAGGAGCCACCACCACUAGUGGAUCUGACCAGUGACAAUGACGAGGAACUGCCCAGCCUGGCCUUCUUCCUUGAUUCACAGCACCAUCUGCUGCCCUUGGGACUUGCCCAGAGCCAGGUCUCUGCUGAGGGCCUGCCUUGUCCUGGAGCUGGGAAACCAGGCAGAGCACGCAAGCCCACCUCCAAACUUGGAAGGGCCUUCACUGGUCCUCCACCACCUGCUACCAAUGGCAAGAAGCAGGUUCUCCUGGGGGACCCAGGCCCUAGACAAAACAAGCCUUGCCCGAGGGCUGGCUCCCACACCUCUGGAGAACAGGCCCCAGCUCUGGAGUCUGUGCCGUACUGCCAGGCUCACAAGAGGAAGGGAGACUCCUGGGUCCAUAUAAACAAAAAGAUGCGAUACUGA